UGCGUGGAGAUAGUAGGCCUUCCACCUGAGCUUGUCGGGCUUAAGUGCCGGCACGCCGCUACCCCCUAGGAAUCACGAGCGGUCGGGUUACCUUUUCCUGCUCAGGACCAGUCCACAGAGAUGCGUGACAGUUGCAGCUGUCUUGCGGAACCUGUGGCUUUUCGACGGCUCUCUCGCCUUUCCCUGCGGAAGGAAAAGGUGCGCGCGUGAGGACGGAGAGCGGGGCGGUGGCGGAAAAGAGAACGACCCCCCCCUAACCAUAAGAAAUCAAAGUGCUUACCUCAUACUCUGAGGCGUCCAUGGCUGAGUCUCCAACAGCAGCAACAGUCUCGCUGACCGAAGAAGGAAGACAGAGCAUCGGCUGUGAUCAAAGCCAAGGCAAUGUCAUCGCUAGUGAAGGAGGACCUCAACAAGAAGCUGUUCAAAUCCCUUGGGCAAAGCUUGUAUGAGUUCAUUGAAGUUGAGUGUUCGGGCAAAGACCGCUUCUACCUCUGUGCUUCAGUGUCAAAAGGUGAAGAAGUACAAAUAUCUAUGGUGAAACACUUUAGAACAGGCCUUGAUGAGAACUAUGAAAUAUCUGAAAAAUGGUUUCUAGAGGAUUUGGAGAUGAUUGAUGGAAAAGAAGCGGAUACUGAUAAUCCAUGGUUUGAUAUGCAUUUCAAGAAAGUCUACAGUUGGGAAGCUUAUAGCUGUGCAUCCAAAUAUGCCUUUGCACGAACAUUAAAUAAAUUGAAUGAAUUGUACCUUCAGAAGGACUUGAAGAUAGUAAACUUUGAUUUUACCUACAUAAAUGAUUAUUCAUUCUGGUCAUCUAACAACGGGGAUGAUUGUUUAGUACUUAUGAGGAUCUGCUUCUAUGCAUCCAACCUUUUAUGUCUGUCUCUGUGCCCUCUGCCUGGCUGACUAUUAUCACUUUCUCCAGAUUUGGAUAAAAUUUCUAAAUAACAUUUUUAAAUAGAUAAAUGCAGUACUGUGUCAGGGUUUCAAUUUUUCACAGUUAAUUUUUUUUUAAAUAAAUGAUUCUCUCAAA